AACUCUAAAUAUUAUCAGUUGUAAACCAACCAGUUUCUAUUCUAUUCAACAUGAAGGUUUUUCUUGCUAUCGCUGCUGCGUUGAUCGCCACCGUUUCUGGCAAUUCAGCUUAUCAGAAACCGGCUUACCCGUCGUAUAGCAAGUCUUAUGACUACGCCCCGAUGCCGUAUGUUUUCGCCUGGGGUGUCAAAGAUGAUUAUACCUACAACAAUUAUGCCCAUCAAGAAUCCAGCGAUGAUAAGGGCUAUGUUUCAGGCUCUUACCGCACCUUGUUGCCCGAUGGUCGCACCCAGACCGUAAACUACAAGGCUGAUGAUUACACUGGUUACGUCGCUGAAGUCAAGUACGACAGGGAAGCUAAAUACAACGAUUACAAGCCCGCUGCGUACAAGCCUGCAGGUUACUACUCCGCCCCGGCAUACAAAGCUGAUUACCCCGCCUACAAACCCACCUACUCUGCUCCGGCUUACCCCAUAUAUUAGGUGGAUGACGGAUGUAUUUCAUACUAGUAUAAAAUUUUUAACAAAUAUUUUUAAAGAAAACGUCAAUAAAAAAUACCCUUUAUUUGGUUACAAAUAUUUAUUUUGCAAAAAUUAGAAAGCAAUGGUGAGACGUAGAGGCAAUAACACGUUCAUUUUUGCAUAACCUGUCAAGUGUAACGUACGCGUGUUUAUAGAAGCCCGCAUUACUGAUGCCUAUUCCGUAGCAAUAUAAAGCACAACACAGUUAAAAUGUUGAUGAAUUACAUUUUUGUACAUUUAAA